AUGUUUAGACGAGUUUCAGGGGCAGCACCUCAGGUGCCACCACCAGUUGCAGUACCUAUGCAGGCUCCUGCUAGACCACCAAUAGACAAGCUUAGAAAAUAUGGAGCUAUGGAAUUCAAAGGCAGAAGAGAAGAUGAUGCUCCAGCAGCAGAGUACUGGCUGCAAAGUACAGAGAGAGUGUUGCAGCAGCUUCAGUGCACACCACCAGACAGUGUGGCUUGUGCAGUUGCUUUGUUACAAGAAGAGGCCUAUCAGUGGUGGGACACCACAUCACAGACAGUUCAGUCUGAGCAGCAGACUUGGAAAUUCUUUAUGGCUGAGUUUCGAAAGAAGUAUAUAGGAGAUUUAUAUAUGGAUGAGAAGAAAAGAGAGUUCCUAUAUUUGAGACAGGGCAGGAUGACUGGUAGCGAGUAUGAAAAAGAUUUCAUCAGACUGAGUAAGUAUGCCCGGGAAAUGGUGCCUACAGAGGAAGCUAAAUGUAAGAAAUUUGAGCAGGGUUUGCAUAAUGACAUUAGGGUGCUUUUGGCAGCCCAUUCCAUCAAAGAGUUCUCUACUCUGGUAAAUGCAGCGUUGAAUAUAGAGAAGAUAAAAGAAGAAGAACAGAGCUGGAGACAGAAAGGGCAACAGAAGAGAGGGCAAACCCAGAUGCAGGGGCAAUCCUCAGCCUCUCAAGCACCUAUGAAGAGACAAAGAGGUGCUCAGUCAUCAGGGCAGAGUCAAGUACAAAGACAAAGGCAGCCACUAGCGCAGAGUUUUGCAGGGAGGUUUGGGCAGCAAACUAGUACUUCUGUAGCCAGUUCAGGAAGUGCAGGCAGGGGACAAUACCCUAUAUGUGAGCACUGUGGUAGAAGGCAUUUGGGACCCUGCAGAAAAUUAACAGGGGCAUGCUUCAGGUGUGGAUCUACUGAGCAUCUUAUGAGAGACUGUCUUAGGGGACAGGUAUCUUCGGCACCACCAGUAGAGAGGCCUAUUCCUGCUGGAUUUAGAGGAAGAGGAAGGGGUAGAGGUAAUCAAACAGGGGCAGCUUCAGCCAGUCAGAGGGUGUCUGAAACAGUAGAUAGACCAGACUUCAGAACACCUGCUAGAGCCUAUGCCAUCAGGGCUAAAGAGGACAUAGACUCCCCAGAUGUGAUUGUUGGUACAUUCUCAAUCUGUGAUAAACCUGUGCAUGCAUUAAUAGACCCAGGAUCAACACAUUCAUACAUAUGUUUACCCAUUGUCAAUGAGGGGAAAUUACAGGCAGAUUCUCUAAACCAAGAUAUAAUAGUAAACAACCCCCUUGGUCAUAGUGUGAUAGUGAGUAAAGUAUAUAGGGAUUGUCCUAUAUCCAUCCAUGGUCAGACUUUCCAUGGUGUUUUGAUAGAGUUACCCUUUAGAGAAUUUGAUGUAAUCCUUGGCAUGGACUGGUUAUCUAAGCAUCGGGUAAUAGUAGAUUGUAGAUAA